AUGGCUUCAACUGAGCUAACAAAACAAGAUCGAGAAGCGAAGCCACAAAUAAAAAUCGGCCAUUAUAUUCUUCAUCAAACGUUAGGUGUUGGGACUUUCGGCAAAGUUAAAGUUGGCAUUCAUGAAGCAACAAAUUACAAGGUAGCAGUAAAAAUUUUGAAUCGGCAGAAAAUCAAAACGCUUGAUGUUGUUGGAAAAAUUCGUCGAGAAAUUCAAAAUUUAUCACUUUUUCGACAUCCCCAUAUCAUCCGUUUAUAUCAAGUAAUAAGUACUCCAACUGAUAUCUUUAUGAUGAUGGAAUAUGUAGCAGGCGGCGAACUUUUUGAUUAUAUUGUAAAGCGUGGAAAAUUGAAGACUCCCGAAGCUCGGCGUUUUUUUCAACAGAUAAUUUCCGGUGUAGAUUAUUGUCAUCGUCAUAUGGUUGUCCAUCGUGAUUUAAAACCUGAAAAUUUACUUCUUGAUGACAAGAAUAAUGUGAAAAUAGCUGACUUUGGUCUUUCAAAUAUAAUGACUGAUGGCGAUUUUUUGAGGACAAGCUGUGGUAGUCCAAAUUAUGCAGCACCAGAAGUGAUCUCUGGCAAAUUGUAUGCAGGUCCUGAAGUGGAUGUAUGGUCUUGUGGCGUUAUACUUUAUGCGCUACUCUGUGGAACAUUGCCAUUCGACGAUGAGCAUGUUCCAACUCUUUUCCGCAAAAUAAAAUCUGGAAUAUUCCCCAUUCCGGAUCAUUUAGAAAAACCUUUAGUUAAUUUAUUACUUCAUAUGCUUCAAGUGGAUCCUAUGAAACGCGCGACCAUCAAAGAUGUUAUACAACACGAAUGGUUUCAGAAAGAUUUACCGGCUUAUCUUUUUCCGCCAAUUAAUGAAAGUGAAGCAUCAAUUGUUGAUAUAGAAGCAGUCAAAGAAGUUACUCGACGUUAUGGAGUAUUAGAAGAGGACGUUACGAAUGCUUUACUGGGAGAUGAUCCUCAUCAUCACUUGAGUAUAGCGUAUAAUUUAAUUGUAGACAACAAACGCAUUGCAGAUGAAACUGCCAAAUUGUCCAUUGAAGAAUUUUAUCAAGUUUCACCAAUUGCGAAAAUUCAUCCAUCAGACUUACCUCAUCGCCAUCCUGAACGAAUGUCAGCAUCAAAUAAAAUUGCACCGAAUUUGGAAACUAUCAGCACUGGUCAAAAAUCGCCGCAUGUCAAGAGGGCGAAAUGGCAUCUUGGAAUUCGUAGUCAGAGUCGACCAGAAGAUAUUAUGUACGAGGUAUUCAGAGCUAUGAAAAAUCUUGACUUCGAGUGGAAGAUUCUUAAUCCAUAUCAUGUUAUUGUGCGGAAAAAGCCAGAAAACCCAACUUAUGAACCGCCAAAGAUGAGUUUGCAAUUAUAUCAAGUAGAUCAAAAAAGUUAUCUUCUUGAUUUUAAAAGUCUUGUGGAUGAAGAAACUGCUGGAAGCGCAAAUUCUUCUCGUCAUGCUUCAGUCUCAACACCUGUUAGGCCAUCUUUUCGUGGUAGUCGUGCACAAUCACUUCCAAUGCCAAUGGAGGCUUUACAGGUUGAUCAACAAACACCGCCUCCAUCACCGACCGUCACCAAACAGUCACAAACGAUGCAAUUUUUCGAAAUGUGUGCUUCACUGAUUGGAACUUUAGCGCGUUGA